AUGCCUCCCAAAAAAGCACUCAAUCCAGUGCUGACUUCUUCUCACAGUCACUCGUAUGUGAGCCAAAGUGGUUUAGCAGCAGUCUUGAAAUCAAUCAAGGAACAUGGGUUGCCAGAAACAGCUAGCAGGGCAGGAAUCAAACGAGCGCGGGAAGCAGCGCUUCCCAGUGAGUUGUGGACCAGUGUGAAAGUGGAGAUGGAGGAUGGCCCGUGCAAGGAGAUUCCUUUAGUGAAUCCAUGUCAGCUACUUCAAUACAUGGUGUCCGAGGUCGUCGGUGAUGCGGUCAAUGAAGAGCACCUGGCAAUUAAGGAUGUGGUCACAGUUGCUGAAGCGGAUCGCUUUUUGAAGGGGUUUGUUUGGCCUGACCAAUGGAACUCAAGAGGGGUCACUGGCAGACGAUGCCUUGAGAAAUUUGUUGCCGAUGGGUCCGCAGUGGCGUGCUCUGCGUCAGAGGGUUUGUCUCUCUACAGCGUCUUCAGAUUGCUCGUGGUUGAGAAGGUUGCAAAUGGUGUUUCGCGACAGGUGGACCUAGCCAAGCGGUCCUAUUUGGCAUUGGCCAAAGUUUUGGAGCUUUUGAAAUGGGAAAACCAAUCCUCUACGGCUGAUCGUUUGGAGGUAGCCAUCAAUGUUCAUGUGACUGCCCGUCUCCACGCAUACGGGGAAGCCCAGUUUCCACCGAAGUGUCACUAUAGUGCCCACUUACCACUGUCCUUGCGAAAGCAUCGCCUAUUGAGUUGUUGGGUACAUGAAAGGAAACAUAAAGAAUUGAAAAAGUAUGCAUCGGAUUCCAACAAUUGCAAUUUGAGCAAUUCCUUUGAGAAAGGGUUGCUUCGGCAGGUGGUUCUAGCCCAGUUGAAUUCCCUCCAAGAUCUGUCCAUUGGUGAAGGCUGCAGGAUGAUCAAGGCUUCUCCUGCCGCGCCAUCUCUACAUGACCAUGUUCGGCGCUUCCUAGGCUUUUCCCCGAUUCAACCGUUGGAUGUGAAAUGUUCCAAGCAAGCAUUCCUGGAUGCUGCGAGCAAGUGUGCAGCAAAAGAUGUUGUGGUAGCUGUCUCUGGGGAUGUGGAGUGCGUUGGCGAAGUAUGGCUCUUUGUAGAGGCCAAUGGCGAGCAGCUUGUAUGUUGGAGUCCGUGGGUCACUCUUGGGAACAAUCGGCUCACUCCUGUGGAUGAUCCGCAGUUCAUGAAUAUGCAGUCCAUCAAACGAUGCUGCAUUUAUUCCAAAGAACGGUCUGGAAAUGUAUUGGUGGUUCCUUAA